UCGUGGGCGGGCUGUCGUUCCACACCGACGAGCGCAAGCUGGCCGACGCGUUCCGCCGCUUCGGCAAGGUCGUCGACGCCCAGCUACUCGUAGCUUGAUGAGGCCAAACGAGCUGGCAAAUUUCUGGAUUUGGAAUGCACAUCAUUCUUUUGAUUGUUAAAGGAACAAGUUUGCAGAGAACUUUUUUCUGAGUUUACUUUGAGAAAUAACUUGAAGUGGAAGUUGCUUUCCUGAGGGGACAUGUGACUAUGUUCGUACAGUUAGAUGCCUGAAGUAUGCCCUGGAUGACUGUUGGUUGUGCUUUGGCAUUUUUCAUUCAGAUUUGUGGUCUGAUAAAAGAAACAAGGUUUGCAGUGCUACUUCCAAUGAAUACCUGCAGUGGUUCAGUAGUUUUUGUGGCUCUUUGUGAACCAGGCGGUACUAGUUGUUAUCUGCAGAUGGGAUUACUUAAGUGGCUUCUCGCGAAGUCUAUGGACACGAAAGUCAGCUCCACUGUUCUAGCAUGCAUAUAUAUGACUAAUCUUUGCUUCUUUCACAUUACAUCGAUAUGUUUGCUGAAAUGAUUAAAAAAGUGUUGUGUGCAGUGUUUAAUCAUCACAUUUCUUUUCUAAGGAACCAUGACAUACAUGCUAUUAGUAAUCUCCAUUAAAUUGCUGUGUUUUCCUUUGACAUGUGUGUCAUGUCAUGCUUGGCUUGUCAAUUUGGUUAAUUGCUCGCAACUUGUUUGGUUUUCCAUUGCUGGUUUGUGAAAACAGUAUGAACCUUGUGUUCUAGCAUCAUGUUUUGGUUGAAAACUUUAGCACUAUUAGUACAAUUUGCUGAUAAAAUCAACCUGUUUUAUUUGUUUCUACUUCACCCGAACCAUUUUUUUGCUGUUGACUGCUAAAGUAUUUCUCUGCAUUAUUCAAUCUUCUUAGUCACCAUCUGUUUUAUGUUUUAUGGCUGUCAUUGUAGCUUAUAAUUGUGUGUUUUAGAUUUAGUAACUUCUUUGAUGAGAUGAGGUGGAGCUGAGAUCCCAGAUUUGUUUGUUGGUGCAUUGGACACGCUGUAUUACUAGUGGACAUUUGAAGGAUAACCACUGAAGCAAAAUUUUGAUGUUAGCACUUAGCCAACCAAGCCAUACCUUUGGUCACUGUCUAUCAGAUAUUGCCUUGUGCUGCCUUCAUCUGCUCCAUGUGUGUUGUCAUAAGAUGGCCUCGUGAACAUGUACUGGACAAAGACAAGCAAGGUAGCACAUCAGAUACUUUUCACGAUGAGCCUGGGAUAUUUUUGUUUUGCUGUGAACAGAUACUCAUCCUUGCUGUCGGAAUUUACUCAAGUUAGUAUGUUUUCACCUGCUCAGCUGGUUCUUUUGAUGGCCAGGAGGUUUCAGCAUCUUGACUUUUAGUUUGCUACAAUUGGUUUAGUUAUAACGGGUUACAGUAGGAAUCCAGACAACAGGUGAUCCUGUACUAUUCAGAGAAGUCUGUUGAGUAGUGUUGACUGAAUUUUUUGUUGAAAUGAGGGUAACAGCAAAAAAAAAUGUCAGCUUGGCUAUGAUGUGUUAAUUUUAUAGGACCAAGAAUGGCCAGUUUUUUUUGUUGCUGUACUGCUUGUCGUGAUGAGCUUUACUGUCUUGGGAAUAUAUUCAGUCUCAAUGGCAGUUCCCUACGAGCAGCUAUGUUACAGAGAUUUUAUUAGUUCGGUUGAAUAAUUGAUAUCUGGAAUAACAUUGUUUCAACGCUGUUCCAAGAUCAUGCUGGAGAGACACACCCAACGCCAUCGUGGUUUUGGCUUUGUGACAUUUGCAGAUCCAGAGGCAGUUGACAGCGCUAUUAAGGAAAUGCACUGUCAAGAGUUGGAUGGCAGGACUAUUUCAGUUAACAAGGCAGAGCCUAAGAUGAAUACAGAUGACACAAGGUAUGAAAGUGGUGGUGGACGAGGCGAGUAUCGUGGUGGUAGAGGUGAUGGACCACCCCCAGGCAAUUGCUUUGAAUGUGGCCGUGCUGGUCACUGGGCUCGUGAUUGCCCUAAUCCUGGUGGGGGUCGUUCUGCACGAGUCUCUUCUAAGUUCAGUAGUGGUGGCAGAGGAGAGCGUUUAUCUGGGUCAGAUAGGUUUGGUGACCGUUACAUGGAUGAUCAUUAUGAUGGUGGUCGUUAUGGGUACCGUGAACCUGUUGAUGUCAGAGACAGGUAUGGUGGAGGCCGUGAUCGUUAUGCCAAUGAUCGAUACCCCUCUGGUGGUGAUCGCUAUGUUCCAGACAGAUAUGGAGGUCCAGAUCGCUACCAGCCUAGUAGUUAUGGUCGGGAACGAGAAAGAAGCUAUGAGAGGGAUGGAGUGCGUGGCAAUGGUGGCUAUGAUAGGAGUGGCCCAAGGGGCGGUGGAAGCUAUGACAGGGAUGGCCUGAGGGGUGGUAUGAGUGGUGCCUAUGACAGGGAUGGUCCACGUGGCAGUGGCGCUGACCAUUACGGAGGUGGAGGGCCAGCUCGUUAUGAUGGAGGAAGUUACAGGGACAGACCUGGGCCUUAUGACCGCCCCAGCAGAGGAGGACGCUUUGAUGAUCGGUUCCAGUGAGCCUUUCGCAGAAUCAAGUUAUGUGUUUGCAGUUUUAACGCUUGCAGUUUCGCAUCACUGAAUGUUUAAUGAGUGCUCUGGCACAGUUAUAUCUAUUCUGUAUUAGAACCUCAAGUACUGGCAAAGUUUAUCCAUCAGACUGUUUU